GUUUCUGAAAAAAAUAUUGAUAUAUUUUUUGAAGAUGUGGAUGAGAACAAUACUAAUAAUGAUGAGGUAUAUGAACAAAUUGAAGCAGUUAGUAUCGAAGAAGAAAAAUUCUCUAUUAUAGAGAAAUUUUCAACUUUGAGGCAUUUAUAA